GUUGCCAAGAAAACGUACCUAUCACGUCGUCAUAAUGUCCACGUUUGCAUAUAAUACGGUUUGUACGUUAUAGUAUUGCUUAUAGUUUUAUGUCUUGGUGAAGGGAACAAAACAUAAAUUAUUUUCGUUCUUCGGCGCCUCCACCGCCCCGUCGUUGACAUGGUCGAAGGAACGUUACUCUUCCUCUCCGUUACCGCCACCACCAUCGUCGAGCUCGUUCAGUCAGACGGCAGUUUUAAUGAUUGUCAUCUACGAGAAAUGUGCGCAGACAGGCCUUGGGUCGAGUCUCGAGAAGGACGCAAUGAAGAUCGAGUUAGAAUCGUAGACGCGCCUCUGGGCUCGGACAUUGCAUUCUUGUGCAACUAUUGUGGCGAAAGGGAUAAAGGCCAGGCCCGGUUUUGGUAUACUUCGCACAGAUCGAUCAGGCUACCAGCUGCGGUGAUGUCGGUUUCGCCCGGUCUAGCAGCCAAACUGUCCAAGUUGCCCGACUUUUUGCUUUCCGAAACCUGUUACGCCUACUGCCAGAUUUCAAACAAGCGCAGACUUCCCAAGUACAGGAACACGUUUGUGCUAGAGGAAGGGUCUAGUUUGACAUUGGUGUGCGCCGAAGCAACCGCCGAUAAAAAGGUGACGUGGAGAAAAGAUGGACUUCUGUUGACUGAAACCGAGUCCACCGCCGACGACACGUCAGGGGCAUUGGUGGACACGUUCGGGACGUUGUACUUGGUCAGACUCACAGGCGACGACUCCGGUAAUUACACGUGUUAUGUCGACGGUAACCGAACGCAAGAAGUGCUGUUGGCCGUCCGAAAGUCGUCGUUACUCUCGUCGAAAGCCUACGCCCGACACCUAUACUAUUUGUAUUAUAUAUUCGCGAUGUAUUUCAUCGUUUUCGGUGCUCGGAUCUACUACGCUUUUCUUAACCGUCGCGAUUUCUUAAAGAUCACCGACAACGAUGUACUGAAACCCGAAAUUCCUAUCGUUUAUCUGGGAAGAAAAAUUCGGAUCCGUUGAUACACACCAUAAGAUACUCAAGCAUAUUUUUUGUACUAAUAUAGUUCUAAGUUUUUUUCUUGUCACAUAUUUUUGUAUAUCUUUUCCGAGUAGAUUUAAACCCGACACAAACUAUCAACUAUCGAGUUUUGUUAUUGUUAUUCUUUGUUAUCGGACAUUAUUGCAUAAUUAUUUGAUAAAUAUUGUGAAUAUUCUAGUUUAUAGAUAACUAUCUAUUCCGAGGUUUAUUGAU